CCCAAAUCCAUAAUACCUCAUCCCAAGUCGCUUCCCGCUCUUACCAUCCCGCAAUUGCUUGCAUUUCCAAUCUAUUCUGUGAUACCCAGCCACCAAUACAACUUUGAUACCCCUAAAAACAGACAAGAUGGCCUCCGAGCGUCAAGCAGCACCCCUCCGUCUGGGCUCGACUGCCCCCAACUUCCAGGCCGAGACCACCCAGGGCCCCAUCGACUUCCAUGAGUUCAUUGGCGACAACUGGGUCAUCCUGUUCUCCCACCCCGAGGACUACACCCCCGUGUGCACCACCGAGCUCGGCGAGAUGGCCCGUCUCGAGCCCGAGUUCAAGAAGCGCGGCGUCAAGCUGAUCGGUCUCUCCGCCAACACCCUCGGCAGCCACGAGGGCUGGAUCAAGGACAUUGACGAGGUGACUGGCUCGCUCGUCAGCUUCCCCAUCCUCGCCGACAAGGAGCGCAAGAUUGCCUACCUCUACGACAUGAUUGACUACCAAGACACUACCAACGUGGAUGAGAAGGGCAUUGCCUUCACGAUCCGCUCCGUCUUCUUCAUCGACCCCAAGAAGACCAUCCGCACCAUCCUGUCGUACCCGGCGUCCACGGGCCGCAACAGCGCCGAGAUCCUGCGCGUCAUCGACUCGCUCCAGACCGGCGACAAGCACAAGGUCACCACCCCGAUCAACUGGGUACCCGGUGACGAUGUUAUCGUCCACCCUACCAUCAAGGGCGAGCAGGCCACCACCCUGUUCCCCAACAUGCGCGUCGUCAAGCCGUACCUGCGCUUCACCCCGCUGCCCAAGGACGCUUAAGCAAUGGGCGGUGACGGUUAUGACGGAGGAGGGAUGAUAGGACGGUCAUGCUAGUUACAGCUCGAGGAAUACCGCACUCCGGGUGGAAUACCUACCCCCGUGGAUGUGGAUAUGGCUCCGGUUUCUGCCAUCU